AUGCCCGGCCAACGCGGCAUCACGCUGCGCGUGCGCAAACCCAAUCAGACCACAGACGACCAGCCCCCUCUUGGCCCCGGCGGUGACACCAGCACCGCUCUCCGAGACGAUCCGCACCCAACAUCCAGCAGCAGCCUCUCUAGCAUCGAUGCAGGUGCUGUCACCGCCGAGCAGCAAAGGUCCCACGACAGCGACGCAGAUGCCAACGGCGAUGUUUCCAUGUCGGCAGAGGCAGAAGUGGGCGCAGAGGCAGACACCGCCGGUAGCAGCAGCCAGCCAGCUCCUGCGGCGCCUGCACGCUCCAGGCGAGCUCGCGUUUCGAGGGCGCGGUCCACCGAGAUCAAAGCCGAGAUCCAGGCAAACGUGCAGGCCAGUCCUCGAUCCCGACGUCGAAGAAGGCAGAGCUCGAUGCAGGCCCCGAAGGAGGAGUUGGGCGAGGAGGAUGGGGAGAGAGCGGACGAAGCAGGGAGCGUCAAGGGUGGUCCGUCACAGCAGGCGCCCAUCAAUGGACUAGCCGACGCGACAGGCGGAGAAGCGGGCGAGCGAUCCGACGAGGACGACGGACGGGCCGACGAGGGAGACGAUAAACCGCGCAUCGAAGGCUCUCAACGGCCGAGCAGAGCAACAGCGAGGAGCAAGAGCCGGUCCGAGGCUGCAAGAGCCGGUGCAAAGGCUCGGGCAUCCGUCGGUCGAGCCGGCAGGUGGAGGGCCGCUGGUCCUAGCAGGUCCAGGGCUAGGUCGAGGCAGGCCGUUGCAAGCGACGAUGACGGCGGCGAUGAGGGCGAUGCCAGCGUUGCGGAGGCCCAGAGCAAGGAUGCUGAGCCAGCAGAGGACGGCACAGCGGGUGAAGGCGAAGGCGAAGGCGAAGGCGACGGCAACGAAGAUAAUGCAAACGACAGCGCCAACGACGACGACGACGACGACGGCGACGAGGGCGCGGGGACAGGCGUUGAUGCCGACGGCUUCAAGACCAUCACGAUCAAGGGCAAGGUGUACCGCCUAGAAGGAGACGAGGUGAUCCUCGACAGCGACCCGGACGGCGACAAAAAGGUCGACGAAAAGGGACGCUUGCAGGGUGGCCGGCAGUACAAGGCGUACAACUUCACCUCUGAUCUGCGCGAUGACCCCGAGCGCGUCUACAUGCUGUCGAUUGACGCGGCGCGGGCGGCCAGCUACCGCGACUCGCUCUACUUUUUCCGCAAGAACCCGAUGAUUAUCAAGAUCACGCUCAAGCAGGGCGAAAAGGACAAGCUGAUCGAGGACGGGCGGCUGAGCGGGCAGCUCAAGAGCCGCAACGUCACCAUGGUGGCCGCCCGCAACGUCUACAAGCUGCACGGCGCCAGGUUCAUCAGCGGAGGCAAGGCGGUCAUCGACGACUACUACGAGGCGGCGGCUCGGGCGUCGGGCGUCAAGGAAGGCAAGACGGUGGGAGGCAUGUCGGUCGAGGAGCAGGAGCGCAAGAAAGAGGCCGAUCGGGAGCGCGACCGCUCCCGCCGGCGGCCGGACGCGUUCAGCUACGCGACGUACGACCCGCAGGGCGAGGUGGUGACGACCGUGUUUGGCGACGCCGGCCAGAGCCCGUUCGUCCGCGCGGGCAACUGGGUGUCGCGGAGGGCGUUGCUGCAGCGCUCGGACGUGACCGAGGAGAACUGGAUGCUGGAGAUGGCGCGCAGCGUGCGCGGGAUGAAUUCGGAGCUGGCUGAGACGAGGCGCGAGCGUCUGGUUGCCUUUCGCCACUUUGACGACGGUCUGCACGCCUCGGCGGCGGCGGCGGCGGUCGUCGACGAGCCGCUCGACGGCGAGGCCGACCCCGAGGACGACGAAGAGGCGGCCAACGACCGCCCGCCAUGGGAGCGCGACAGCUUGGCAGACGCCGAGGACAAGGCGCGCAAGCGCAAGGCCAAGGCCGCCCAGCGACAGGGGGCCAAGAAGCAAAGGGGCCCGCCGAUUGGCAUCUUUGAGCCGAGCACGCACAUGCCGCACUUUGGCCUCAGCACGCAGCCGACUUGGGCGCGGCUGGACAAGGUCGGUGCACGACCCCACUUUGUGCGCGACGAGGCUCAAGAGGCGGGCAGCGUGUGGCCGGUGCUUGGCGGGGACCGUGUAGGGUCGGGGGCGUGGGGUGUGGCGAGUUUCACGACCGAGGUGCUGCCGCCGCCGCCUCCUUCGCCGACGGUGCGAGUUGCUGGCGGCGUCGACGCGGGCGGUGGUCGAGACUUGUGA